AUGGCCCAAAGCAAUUGUCGAUAUUGGUCAACAUUCAUAGAACAAGCUCCUGCCACAAAAACCAAAACAUUUCGAAGACAGCGGUCGAAAAGCAAAGAUGUUAAAACCAAGAAACAUCCUAACAUUGGGCCCAACAUGAACUGUUUAAAGAUGGAAAUGAGUCCACCAGGUGAAGUUGGUGCAGCUGUGAAGAAAGCCCUUGAAGCUGGCUAUCGUCAUAUUGACUGUGCUUAUGUUUACAACAAUGAAGCAGAGAUAGGUAAAGCAUUGGAAGAUGCAAUGAAGGAACUCAGUUUGAAAAGGGAAGAUAUUUUCAUAACUUCCAAGUUGUGGAACACAUUUUUCCGCCCGGAGCAUGUGAGAAAGGCGUGUGAAAAUACGUUGAAGAACUUACGUUUAGACUACUUGGAUUUGUAUUUGAUCCAUUGGCCUGUUCCGUUGCAACAUGGAAGAUCUUCUUUCCCCACUGGUCCAGAUGGCCGACUUUGUUUGGAUGAUGUCCCUCACGAAGAAACAUGGAAGGAAAUGGAGAAGCUGGUGGACGAAGGUUUGGUAAAAUCUAUCGGACUGUCAAAUUUCAAUAAGCGACAAAUUGAAAAUAUUCUGAAACACUGUCGUAUUAAACCAGUGAAUUUACAAAUUGAAAUUCAUGCAAAUUUCCCUAACACUAAAAUAGUUGAAUAUGCGCAGUCGAUUGGACUAACUGUGACUGCAUAUGCACCAUUGGGUUCACCUGCUCAUUCACCAGGAGAAGUAAUCUGCUUACGGAACCUGCAAAGAAACCUUAUAGUUGUGCCUAAAUCUGUAACAGCCAAGCGAAUAGAAGAAAACUUCCAGAUAUUUGAUUUCAAAUUAUCAAAUGAAGAAAUGCAUCAAUUAAAUACAAAAGGCUUGAAUGAGCGUCAGUUCAACUUACUGUCAAUGAGUGAACAUCCUGAAUAUCCAUUUAAAGAGGAAUAUUGA